CUCGACGUGUUCCAGGAAACGCCACUGAGGAACAGCCCCAGCCCUCCCAACAGCACUGGAGGCACGAUUGACAGCGAUAGCUGGGAUCCUCGCUUCAAUGACACCCCCUCCUCUGUCUCCCUGCCCACCAAGAACAGAAAGAACUUCAGUCAGCUUAAACGAGCAAAACCAUAUGGUUCCCUGUUCCAGCGGGCAAAGGCCAGCAACUUCCUGCCGGAGCGAAAACAAAUCGAUAAGAUCAGGAAGAAGAAAAAGCUGAAAAGGAGGGAAACAGAAGUGUCUGCAGAGGAGGACUACGAGGAGAAGCUGCUGGAGCUGGAGGCAGAGGACUCUUACGCAGAGACACCGAUGAGCCCCUCAUCAGAGGGCGACCCGCAGUCUGUGACCGAGCACUGCUCGGUGUGGGACUCUGACACCCCAUCCAGUGUGUCCUACCCCGCUGUGACAGCCGAGCAGACGGUGGAGAUCCAGAGUGUGGGCAAACGAACGGUCAUUCGGCAGGGCAAGCAGGUGGUCUUUCGGGAUGAGGACGGCACUGGUGACGAUGAGGACAUCAUGGUGGAUUCAGAUGACGACUCGUGGGACCUGGUCACUUGCUUCUGCAUGAAGCCUUUCGCCGGGCGGCCAAUGAUCGAGUGUAACGAGUGCCACACCUGGAUCCACCUCUCCUGCGCCAAAAUCCGCAAGUCGAAUGUCCCCGAGAUCUACAUCUGCCAGAAGUGCCGGGACUCCAAGUUUGACAUUCGCCGUUCGAACCGCUCCCGGACGGGCUCGCGCAGGCGCUUUCUGGACUAGGGGGAGGCGGUGCUGGUGCGCUGCGCGGGCGGGCGAGCCGUGGGUGCUGGCUGGGAGGCCGGGAAGGGCUUCCCCAAACUGCUGCUGCUUGGGCGGGAGAGCUGCCCGGCUGGCCCGCGGCGCAGGGACGAGGAAUCGCCAAGCCGCGGGCAGCUGGGGCUGGGAGAGGCCAACUGGUCAGAACUGCGGCGAGAUACUGACUGUCUCGAGGGACAGAUGAAGCUCUCUGAGCUCGGUGGAGUUUUGUCCGGUUACGAUGACUGGGUGAUGUCUGGGGAAUGUACAAUACCUUUGCCAUGGAGGUUUUCUCAUCCCAUUGGAAACUGCAAAUCCUCUCUGUGCUAGGAAACUCCUCCUCCAAAGAGGGAGGGGAGGAGGAGGAAGUCUAUGUGAAGAGUCUGAAAAGUAAAUGGCCCUGUGUUUUAAAUUCAAUGAAAUAUUAUACCUGCCCA